AUGGAAUCCGUGGAGAAUGCUUCCGCUAAGGUGAUCGUUCGAUCAACCUUCCUGGUCUUCCUGGAAGUAACAGAGGAACUGGAUGAGCUCAACUCGAAGUCCAAGCGCUGGGCGCGUUCAAGGAGCGUGCCGUUGCCUUGUUUGGACUCCAAGGAUGUGAAUGCCACGUCCCAGGUUGUUCAAAAGCAACUGCGGGAGAUGAACUUGCGCUUGUCAGAAUCCCCAGAUGUGGAGAUGCGUCGUGCCUUGCUGCAGCUCAUCCGACAACAUGGUACAACACUUCCCACAGGAAAGCGUGGGAUUUUUCUGUCGAAUUUGGCCAGACAUGCGUAUAAGAUCAGGAAGAAGAGAUUGAUGAGGCUGGUCCGCUCAACAGACUUUCAGCUCGGGCUGGAUCUGACUGCUCAUAAAGAAGCGGUCUUUUUAGUAUAG